ACGAAGCUACUCACCCGUCAGCUCAUUUCCAUAACAAGAAAAAUAUAACCUAUACGCAUCCACUAAAAACAACUUUACUAGUCUAUAAAGUUAUUCCGAGCGGUAUCACACUGUGAGUGCCAGUAUUUAAGUGUUAUUUACCAGUAAAGUAAUCUUUGGAUUCUUCCCUGCCAGUAAAAUAAAGUUUUGGUGACUAUGAAAUCUUACAUUGAAUAUGGACCUAAUUCAGACUUUCCGAUAGAAAAUCUACCCUAUGGUGUAUUCACUUCGCCUAAAAAUGAUGUCAAACAUAUCGGAGUAGCUAUUGGAGACUGGAUAUUAGAUCUAAAUGUGGUGUCACAUCUGUUUAAUGGACCUUUACUGAAAGACAAGCAACAUGUAUUCAAGGAGGAGAAACUUAAUGGAUUUAUGGGUUUGACGAAAUUACACUGGAUUGAAGCUAGAGGCACACUUCAAAAUCUCUUAGAUGUUUCCAAUACAACAUUGCAGAACGAUAAUGAACUCAGAUCAAGAGCAUUCAUUAAACAGAGUGAAGCGAAAAUGCACGUUCCAGCUGAAAUCGGGGACUAUACAGAUUUUUAUUCGUCUAUACAUCACGCCACUAACGUUGGCAUCAUGUUCAGAAGUAAGGAGAACGCUCUCAUGCCGAACUGGAAGCAUCUGCCGGUUGGUUACCACGGCCGAUCUAGUUCUAUAGUAAUAUCUGGCACACCCAUACGUAGACCGUACGGACAAACGCAGCCAGUUGAAGGUGCUGAUCCCCACUUCGGCCCGUGUCGCCUGAUGGACUUCGAGUUAGAAGUGGCGUGCUUCGUGGGAGGCCCGCCUACUGCACUUGGUCAAAGGGUCACUGCCAAGGAAGCUGAGGAACAUAUCUUUGGAUUUGUACUCAUGAAUGAUUGGAGUGCCAGAGACAUCCAGAAAUGGGAAUAUAUACCGCUGGGACCUUUCACAGCCAAAAACCUUGGGACCUCCGUGUCCCCGUGGAUUCUAACCGUGGAAGCACUAAAACCAUACGCCGUGGAUAACUUCCCACAGAAUCCCAUACCCUUCGACUAUUUAAAACAUGAUGAUAAAUUCAAUUUCGAUAUCAGAUUGGAGGUAGAUAUACAAUCUGAAAAAUCACCAGUUGUAACGACUAUAAGUCGCUCGAAUUAUAAAUAUUUGUACUGGACUGCGAAACAACAACUCGCUCAGCAGACCGUCACUGGCUGCAACUUAAGACCCGGAGAUUUGCUGGGUUCCGGCACCAUUAGUGGAGAUACUCCGGACUCCUACGGAAGUAUGCUCGAAAUUUCGUGGAAAGGUACGAAGCCCAUCCGUCUUCUCAAUGGAGAAGAACGAAAGUUUCUUCAAGAUGGCGACACUGUCAUACUCCGUGGUUACUGCAUAAACGAAGAUGGCGUCAGAAUCGGAUUUGGAAAUUGCAAUGGAAAAUUACUACCAGUUUUAUCGUAUAGUGAAUAAAUAAUAUAAAUAUUAUCAAACAUAUGUAUAACUAAAUGUACUAUUAUAUCAU